AGCUGUAGUUUGCUGGAGCGCUGCUGAAUGCUUGGCACACCUCACUUCGUCUUACCAACCAGGAUUGUAGUUUAAAGUGUGAACGACUGGCGAUUUUUACGCGUAGCGCAUGGAGCAGCGCAGUUUGGAGUAAAGAAAAAAAAAGGGCUUCAGCCGAUCAACUCAACAUGAGUCGCCCUCCACUCUGUUUUCCUCCUUCACUUGCGGGAAGCGUACACCUGACGCAUCGCUCUCUUGCCCUGUGGAAGUGAUCUUCCUUUUAAAAUCGUCUCUGCUGGGUUAUUCUCCACUCUGCCAAAAAGAGAGUGUAUGGACCCAAGUGAUGAUCCGUGAUGAUGCUCGCUGAAGGGCCUCUCUGAGCUCAAACACACCAUCGUAGGACCCCGUGGAUGAAGAGGUGGUGGAUCUGCUCCAGGACGAGAUCAUGGUGAAAGCUCAGCGGAACCAGCCAAUGAAAGGCGGGAUGCCCCGGAGGGAGAAGGGAAGCAAGGAAAAAGGCGGUUUAAAGAAAGGGAAAGAGAGAAAGAAUGAGCUGAGAGGAAAGAAACAGAAGGAUAAGAAAGAAUCACACAGACAGAAGAAGAAGACAUUGGCAGCUGGUGAUGGCGAUGCACUGGACUGCUGUGUCCUGCUAACCCGUCUGGAGGAGAAAAGAGUUGUGGGUAAAGAAAAGGAUGUACCAAAAACUGGGAAACAAAAGACUGUUAAAGUCAAAAAGAAGCUCCACUCCAGCUCCACUCAAAGAAAGACCAAAUGUGGUAAAUCUGGACUCAAGAAAACUUCCACAGCCAAUCAGCACGCACUGGAACCAAAAAUCAACCAAUCUGGCGCCUUACUCAUGUUGCCCACACCCGUCCUUGAGCCACGCAGGCGGAGAAUGGCCUCUCUUAAUGCUGAGGCUGUCAACAGCUUGCUGCUCUACAGAAACAAGUAUCUCACAUCACAUCUCAUGAAGAAACAGCAGCCUUCCACUGAAGAUUCAACUAAAGACACUCUCACUAAAAAGGAACAUAGAGAUCAUAAAACCAAAAAGGUUCCUCCAAAAGUUAAAGCAGAUGUCAAAGAAAGACCCAAAAAACAGAAGCGGUCAGCAGCAGAGGCUCAGAACAUUGACUGGUUGAGUUUGUUUGCGCCAACGCCUCGGCGUCAGGCAGGCCUCACUGCUGCAGCUCUGCUCAAACUCACCAGUACCCAGUACGGGACCAAGAGGCAAAAAAAGCCAGAGUCCAAGAAAGUGAGUGAAAGUGAAUCUACAGCUUUGACUCAGGAUGAGAUUAGUAGUAAGCCUGUGUGUGGAGGAACAACACAGACCAAAAGAACAACACAUCCAAAACAUGACGAGCAACUUAAGCACAGAAAACAGGGUACAGAGGAUCCGGUUCUUUCCCAGCUGGGCUCUAUUGUCCAGGGAUGCUGUAGUUUAUGUAGGACAAAGGCUUUGGAUCCAGAAUGGAAGGGCGCCUCAGGGGGGCAGGAGUGUCUCAAACAUGCGCUGCACCAUGGCUCCACGCUGGGAUUCUCCUUAAAAACAAUCAAAGAGGAGCAGGUAGAGACCGAGGUGUCUUCCUGCUACUGCUGCUCCCAGGAGAGGUGUGUCGAGUACUGUCAUAGACUGGCCCUCUUCCUGGAGGACAAGACCUUCAAGGAACCCGAGGACGGCUCUGUGUCUGAGGUGUUCCACCACCACCACCAUCACCAUCAUCAUCAUCACCACCAUCUCCAGUCCCCCCACUCUGUAUCCCACCCAGCAGCCAUAACCAUCAGCCCACACUCAUACACCUGUUUCCCUAGCUACUGUGUUCACUUCAGCCGCCCGGACACCUCCCCCUCCUCCAUACCACCCCUUGCUUUAUGCCCAAGGAGCGGCAAGAGACCCAAGCUGCUCCCCAGCUCUGGUCCGCAGCCCUCAGGGAUUUCUCAUCCAGUAUACUGCUGCACCUCAGUGGAGGCGUGCUACGGAGAGCCCUGCAGGAUCAACGGCUACUCCGCCUAUACCAGUGUGAUUCCAGCCAUUGCUAGAGGAGGGUGCUCCUUCAGCCCUGCAGACUGCACCAAAUGCAACCAUGGCAUCAAAAGAGAUGAUUAUUCAUCAACCCUCAAUGACCAUCACAGCCCCUCCUCCAUCCCCAUCUGUCCCAGCCCAAGAAUACUAACUGGCUGCCCCAUUCCCACUGUGCCUCCAGCCGGCCAAUCAGUGCCCCAUGUUCAGACUCCACUGUCCGACCCCAGCCAACCACAGCCUCCACUGCAGGUGGCGAAGGAGUGUCCGCAGAGUGCCAAGCAGCCCAGCGGGUCAAGGUCUGGCGCGCGCAGCACCAGCAGCAUCAGCUCGGCUGUCUGCCCUCUCAACAGGGAAAAGAAACAGAAGCUCAGCUCUGCCAGCGUCGGAGGGCGAACGGUUGCCAAGCAGCCAAAGAACGGCCGCCAAAAAACCACCAACGGCUGGCGGCCAGUUGGCCUGCCCUUUCAGAAGGAGGUUUUCUCUGUGGGAGAGGAAGCUAUGGUGCUGAGGAAGUGUUUCGAGGGAGUCCAGAGGGACGGGGAUCUGAUUCGGGUCAGAGACACUGUCCUGCUGAAAUCUGGACCUAGGAAAAAGACUCUGCCUUAUGUGGCCAAGAUCUCAGCUCUGUGGGAAGAGCCAGAGUCAGGAGAGUUGAUGAUGAGUUUGUUUUGGUACUACCGUCCAGAACACACACAGGGGGGACGAAACCCUAGUGUACAUUGUGAGAAUGAGAUCUUUGCGUCCCGUCACCAGGAUGUGAACAGUGUGGCCUGUAUUGAAGACAAAUGCUAUGUCCUAACAUUGGCACAGUAUUGCCGAUUUUGUGCCUUGGUAAAACGCCGUAGGGAGGGCGUACGUGACAGUGCCGCCUCUCUUGUGGUGCCACCCGUUAUUGGCAACACCAUGCCCACCCACCACUGUGUGCCCGAUGACGUCGACCCAGAGCUGGUGUUUUUCUGUCGACACGUCUAUGACUUCCGCUACGGACGCCUCCUCAAGAACCUGCAGUAGCUUCUGACAGACCAUGAAACAUGCAGUAUGCCACAGGACGUGAGAUAAUGUUACUCUGGUUUCAUCCUCCACAACUUUAAUUAGCUACAUAACAACCUUCUGCUUCUGUCAGAGAGGAACUGGAAGUUUAGGAUGAAGGAUUUGGAGAUGAGCUUAUUUUGUUUUUAAAUUUCAUAUUUACAUGCCACACAUUUAUGAAGUAAGAAUAAUGGUCUGACAUGUUAUUAUGGCAGUGUAAAUGUUCUUAAUCAUACUGGUGUUGUAGCAGCUGUAUGGCUGGAGCCUGGAACGUACUCUGCUGUAGAAAAUGCUACUGUAGCUCUUAGAUUUCAUAGAUAUGAAGAGAGGUCGGUGUUACAUGUGAAUAAUGUUACUAUCUGCCUGACAGAUAUCUGACACACAAAGUGUUUCAAUGAUACGCCAUAGACAAAGAAUAUCUGAGGCAUAUCUGCUGCAUCGGUCUUGUGAAGAGACGAGAAACCAAGAGGAUGAUUUCUAAGUAGCUGAAGACUUGAUCACAUUGUCAUUGGAUUUCUCUGUAAUUUAUAGUUACUCGGUAUCCAUGCAGUUGCCUACAAGGCACUGUGUACUGAAGCUUUAUGGAAAGCUCUAGAGCAUUUUUUAAGGAAUAGUUUUGGUAAUGUGCUUACUUAAUUUCUUGCCAAGAGUUACAUGAGAAGAUUGAUACCACUGUCGUCUGUAAUGUAAAUAUGAAGCCAGCGCCAGCAGAUGGUUAGCUUAGCUUAGCAAAACUAAUUGGCAGUUGGUUCCGGUAUUUACAGUAUUCACCAUACAGACAUGGAAGUGGGAUUAAUCUUCUUAUCUGUAUUAAAUCUGUGUAAGAAAUCUAUUGUAGGGCUGCAACUAACAAUUCUUUUCCUGCAUGCAGAUUAAUCUGCUGCUUGUUUUUCUCAAAUAAUCAAUUAGUCAAAUCAGAAAAAAUAACUGAAAAUAUCCUAUUUAUGAAUAUAAGACCAAGAAAAUCAGCGAUUUCCCACAUUUGAGAACCUAUAAUUGUCAAAAGUUUGCUUGAAUGACUAAUGAAUUAAUCAACUAAUCAUUGCAUCUCUUAACUAUUCCUUUACAUUAUCCAUAUUCAUGUAAUUCAUGUAAAGAUUGUCUUUAAGAAACAUUUCCCAAACCUUUAACAUUGCUGUUAAGAAAGUUGUUGAUCAGAAAGUUUGAUUAAAGCUGCAGUGUGUAGAAUUUAGUGGCAUGGAAUAUAAUAAUUCAUAAGUAUGUUUUAAUUAGUGUAUAAUCACCUGAAAAACAUUUUUUUGAUGUUGUCAUUACCUUAGAAUGAGCCCUUUACAUUUAGAGAGGGUGCGGGUCCUCUUCCACAGAGUCUGCCAUGUUACACCACCAUGUUUAUACAGUAGCCCAGAACGGACAAACCAAACACUAGAGAGGGUUUUUUGUUUUUUACAGGUUUCACAGCAACCAUAAGUUCUCCUACAUGCUUAAAAGGGGGGGGGGGUGUAUUCAGUUGGCUGCAAUCUGCAGCCUCACAGCUAGAUGCCACUAAAUCCUGGACACUGGUCCUUUAAAUCCAAUUCUUUAUUACCACACAAUGAAAUGUUGUUUUGGCUACAUCUCUUGUGAGUUUCUGAGAGCAUCUAUAACUGAAAUUUACCUUGUCGGACCGAUCUGAACCCUGCAAAGAAAGCCCAGGUCAGUUUGUUUGGUUUUUGCAAUGUGAAGAUGUCCAAUGAACUGAGCAUUGAGGGGAUUUAUGUUAUGCCAUUGUUGAGGAAUAUUUUACUUUCUCAAAGCUGUUAGCCAGAGGUGUGAUUCAACCCUGGUGUCAGCUAACUGUAUAUUUGCAUUUAUAUAUCUGGAUGAGUGUCAUGUUCAUGGCAGAUGGCCUCAGUUAGUCACCUAUAUUCUUGUUUCUUCACCGAUGAGAUGUUGAGUAAUGUAUUCAGUGUAGCAUUUAGAUCUGUGAUGAUGAUUCAUUCCUAUGUUUGAGAGAAGAUAUGUAUUUAUUUCUGUACUGAGAAAAUAUAAUUUAUUUUCAAAAGAUAAUUUUAAAGAAUAGAGUUUUAGAUGAGUGGCUUUCAUUCCUGAUUAGAGAGGAGGUAUCUCCUUAGCUGCACUGUCUAAGAUGAAAAGUGUGUGAGUCAUUUGCAAUAGUAUUUCUGUGACUGAUUGAGCUUGCUUGCCCAGUAAGAGCCUAUUAAAUGUUGUGUUGCAAUGUUGAAGUCCUUCGAGCAGAUUUGAGGACACAUAUUGAGUAAUUGGAAGCAAAUCUGAUAUAGUUUGAAGGACGUCUGUUACCAUUUGACCAGAGAUGCUUACCCGCAGGACCAAAAAGUAGUUUGGCCUCUCCCAGCUUCCUGUCAUUCUCCUUUCACUUCUCCUCAAAUAAUAAAGCUUUGCAGCUUCACCUUUAAAUGCAGAAUGCUACAAUGAUUUAAAAGUACCUUGCCAUUAGCCUGUGCCCUUGAUCUUGCUGCCUUAUAGAACAUUCCCAGCCUUUCAUUUAGAUAUGUGCACCCAUCUCAGCCUGGACAUACAAAGGUUCUUAGUGCGCUGAUCUUGAUUCCUGGAUGCUUGAGACGCAUCUGAGGUCCAUCUCAUUCAUGUGAUCUGUUUGCUCAAGUUUGAGUUUAAUUUCAAACUAUUUUUAGUAUCCAACACCUGUAGACUUUAUGGCUGUUAAACUAAUGUUUGUUUUGAGAAAUAUGCUUAUUUUCUUUUCUUUUUUUAAUAAGUUAGAUGAAGCUGGUUAGCUUAGCUUAGCAUAAACACUGGAAACAAGAGAAACAGCUACAAAAUCCACCUACUUACACUCAUUAGGUGACUCAUUAACAAGUUAAAUCUCAUUUGUUUAAUCUGUACAAAAAGUAAACUGUAAAAAUUAUAAUUUGUGGUUUUAUGGGAGUAAUGUGCUGGGCUAUUUCUUGGCCAGGUGCAGUGACUUCUUAGAGACGCGCAUACUGUAAACUGACAUAAAACAAAUUGUCUUUAGCUUUUUCAGAUUGUUUCCGGUCUGUAUGCUACGCUAAACUGACCUGCUCCUGGCUGUAGCUUCAUAUCAUACAUAUGAAAGUGCUAUCAAUCUUCUCCUGUAAGUCUCAGCGAGAAAGUGCUUAGCAAAAAUAUCGAACCAUUCCUUUAAUAAGAUUUUUUUUUUUUAUUCCUCUCAAGUAACAGCAACUGUGGUCAGCUUAAAUUGUAUUAGCUGUGAUGAAUUUCAGUUUUGACAAGUUUUCAUGGCAGAUAAAAUUCAUCAAAGCACCCAAAGAAAUGUUCUCAGCAUAAGCCACCUCUCAACUUUUUGACUUGUCUGCCCACUAUCACAUUUUGCUAAAAUAUGACAAACUUCAGACCGAGCUUCAAGGGUGAUAGCACAACAUUAAUGGGUAGAAUUUGGUGUAUUUUAGAGAAAUUAUGACACAUUGGACAUACUGAGAGGCAACAGAGAAGCUGCAGGACUGGUUUGAACUAUUUCUAUGGACACUUUCAUUUUAAGCUGACUACAACCCCUGUACUACAUGAGGGAGGGAACUACAAACUAUUUACAGCCACCUUACACACACACACACACACACACACACACACACACACACACACACACACAGGGCCAGGAGAUGAUUAUUUGAUAGUCAGAAGAUAGAUUUUGGGUGGAGUAUCAUUUUAAAAUACCCACAUCCUGUCUGCUUCUGCUUUACUCCCUGUACAAACGGUGGGCCUAGCUCAUUUUGUUUGUUGAAGUUUCAUUUAAACUACAUAAUGGAUAAAUAAUGAUUUUCAUAUUAUAUUUGACGCUGUUUGGCUGAAUUGGAAAGACUCCAACCCAUGUGAAUCUGCCUUCUCCGUAAACCAAAAGGUUAGCAGUCAGUCUCAUAAUUACAGCAAACCUUCUCCACUUACUAAAUCAUGUUAUUGAAUAUUGAUUGAUGGUGGAUGUAGUGAAGCCCACACAGCACAAAACAACACAGCAAAAUUAGGCAAACCACAUUUGGUUUGAUUUAGUUGUGCCAUUUUAAAUACCACUGGCUGUUCUGGAUCAGAGUUAGAAACCACACACAGCACAUACUGUAUUGUGGCCUUAGGAGUCACUCAGCAAACUAAUUAUGUUUAAUCAAGAUGUGUGAUACUUAUGUCUUAAUUGGUCCUCUGUGCCUGUUCCCAGUAACCCGUGUAGAUUCCAAGUGUUUUCCACAAAGAGAAGGACAAGCAGUUACUGUUGUUUUUACACACCUUCCAAAUGCCUUUCAUUUUUGUCAGAUGACGCUGGUCCGAUCUUGAAUCACCGCAAAGAAAUGUUUGCACCAAAAAGAUAGAGGGAGGAGGGGGUAGUGACACAUGAAUUUAAUUUCAUUCCCAGGUGUACAAAAACCUAAACAUUGGUUCUUCUGAUGUGAAUUUAUGUUCAUAUUCUUUGCAUGGCGUUUUGGAAAUAUCUUGGAAAUAUUAAUCACAGCACAGAUUAUUUGUAUGGUUUCAAAUGGACCUCUGUAAUAUAAGAAAGAUAUUUAAUUGUAAUAAAUAAUAUAUGAGUUUGAA